UGGAAUCUACCAGCUAUAUUUGUUUGGAAUUGUUUUGAUAAGAUAAAAAUGAUUGCUACAGAUUUUGUGCUGUUAUUUUAGCUGCGUAUUAUUUCGUUUGUUAUUCCAUUACGAUUGUGUGUUAUCUUUCUACCGCCCCGAAAAUGGUUUUAUCCGAUCCGCCCGAACUAAGAGUCACCGACCAAAUCGAUCUCGGGAAAAUUCCGGUCGAGGCCAUGAGGCAGCCAACGCUUCUGCUGCUGUCGGCGAUGUUAAACAAACACAAAAUAUUCACCUCCGAGGAAGGCUACCAUCGGGAUUGGCGAGGCCUGUUCCAGGCAAUCAGCUUCGAUCACCAUCCGAUCGAUGUGGUGAAGGACAGUUUGAACCCAACGGAAAAGGUGAUGCAGCUGUGGCAAAGUUUAGAGAAAGAGGCCAAGCUGAAACCAAACCUGGGUCAACUACAACAAAUUUUGGGGAUCAUAGAUCGAUGGGAUGUUAUGGAUGAUAGCAGAAAACUCAUGUAUGAAGAUGCUGAACAUUUCCUGGCCGCAAAACAUAAGCUGGUUGAUCGCGAGGCAGAAAAUCAAACCAUCAGCGAGCGUUAUGGAGAAACCGAUGAAAUAAUAACGAAAGAUGAUACCUUGACGAAAAAACAAAUCUACGAUGCCUUCAUUCUGUAUGCAGAUUCGGACAUCGAAUUUGCUUCGAGAAUUAUAAAUCGUUUAGAGGAGAAAAACUUGAAGGUUUGCAUCAGAGAUCGUGAUAUAUUAGGCGGCAGUUUUGAGCACAAAACUAUAAUGAAACUGAUUACUGAAAGAUGUCGCCGACUAGUAGUUGUGAUAUCUAAGGAAUUUCUCAAAACUCCUUUGAAUGAAUUUUUUGUAAUUUUUGCACAAGCCAUGCAAAUUGAACAGAAAACACGCAAAAUUAUCCCAUGUGUCUACGAGCGUCUUGAUUUACCACCAAACCUAAAGUACUAUUUUAUCCUGGAUUAUAAACGCUCGAACAAGUUGUACAACUUUUGGGAUAAACUAGAAGAAGCAGUAAGAUGUAAAGAAGAUUUGUCGGAAGAUAAAAAUUUGUUGAUAUCGCCGGAGGUUCCACAGAUAACCAUUGACGCAGUUGAUCAAAGUGCUUCGCAACCGCCAGCCGAAUCGAGCCGAAGAUAUUCGGAAGAGAUGAACCGUGAGCUGAAAACCACAAUUCCGAAAGCGGCUUCAACGUGGGACAUACAGCCGUCUGGUGCAAAUUUAAAGCCACCGGGUGCACACUCAUCUAUAAGUGAUUCGAAUCUGUUGUCCAGAACUAAUUCGCUGAGUAGCGUUGAAGUUAAGAAGUCCAAAAACUGGCUUUCCAAAAUUGGUAUCUCGAUUAACUCGAAAAGUCAGGAAAACGUUUCCGACAGAACCGAGAAGAAGAAGAAACGAAAGUGGUACAAAUCUAACAAAAAUUUGGCAACCGCCGAGUAAUCUAGUCCAACUAAGCUAUAACUGGUGCCUUAUGGAGAUGUUUAAUUUCAUUUUUGGUUGCAAUAUAUAUAUUUUACGAUGUUAACAAAAUGCACAAACAUAUUUUGAAUAUGGGUAAUAUACUUUUCAAACUGUUAA